AGCAGAAGACAAAUCCCUAGCUACAUGAUCCAAACACCUACUCGGUCUCCAAACAACUCACUAAAAUUCGUGAUUCAAUUCCGUAAUUCCACCCAGAAAUGCAGAGUUUUAAGCCUUCAUUCUCUUGUUUCGAUUUCGACCCAAACAUGGAACUAACAAACCACUUUCCAGAGCUCAAUCCAACUUUGAAUUCCCAGAGCUUCAUGGAUCUUCGCAUUGACAACUACUUUAUGCAGAACCCACCUCCAUUUCCAGGAAACGAAUUCGCAGGAUACUUGGGAGAAAAUUUCCCCGGUAUUUUCCAUCACGAGGUGAAGAAUGUGUUGCCAGUUUCCGAGCCCAUUGCAUCGGAAGGAAAUGAAUUCCAUGAAAGCAACAAGAGAAAAGCAAUUUAUUUGACCGAAAGUAGCUCGGGAAACUCGUGUCCACCAGUUUCUGAAGAUGAGAUUAGGAGAAAGAAUAGCUUAGGAAGAGGAAAGAGAACGAGAGGGAACGAGAAAGGGGAGGAGAAACCUAAGGACGUGGUACAUGUUAGAGCAAGAAGAGGCCAAGCUACUGAUAGUCACAGUUUAGCAGAAAGAGUUAGAAGAGGAAAAAUUAAUGAGAGACUGAAAUGCUUGCAAGGCAUUGUGCCUGGUUGCUACAAGACGAUGGGCAUGGCAGUAAUGUUGGACGAAAUAAUCAAUUAUGUUCAGUCCUUACAAAAUCAAGUUGAGUUUCUCUCUAUGAAACUUACUGCUGCAAGCAGCUUCCAUGACUUCAACUCCGAGACUGAGACUUUGGAAGCAUUAAUGCAGAGGGCAAAGGCAAUUGAGGCACAGAAGGUGCAGAGGCUUGAGACAGAAGAGUAUCAAGGACUUGUUUCUUCUUCUACUCAAAUUGUUGACUCCGCUGACCUCACUUUUGGCAGCUAUCCCUCAUUACCAUUUGACACAUGAAGAUGCUUCACUUCAUUUCCCUCUGUUUCUCACUUUUCAAAUCAAUUUGAAAUAUUUGUCCCCAAUUUAUUGGUAAAUGACAACAAACUGAAAAUCA